AUGGCGCAUCCGGCCAUCAAAAUCGAUACCAGUGUCCCGGCGACUAAGCGCGAUCUACCGGACGGCGAUGCAGCCCUCGAUGUUGGUGAACAGGGAGAUCCCCGGUUGGAAGCUGGAUACACCGACAACGUCCCGCCAUUCCUAUGUCAAUCUGUCUCGGAGAUCCAUGACAAAUUCGAAGACCUCGAAUGGAUACAGAGGUCGCGCAUGGCCGAUGGUUUGCUCUCCAACGACCCUUCUCACCCCUUCGCGCUCGAGGGUGAUCCCAAAGUCAAGGCGAGGAACAGAUACAUAAACGUGCAGGCGUGGGCAAACUGUCGUGUCCAUCUCAGGGUGCCUGAAGGGGAGUGUGAUUUCAUCAACGCCUCGCCGAUCAUCCUGAGAGAUUCGAUCACGCAGGAAGAACGGAAGUACAUUGCGACACAGGGCCCAAAACACGACAAACUCGCACACUUCUGGCAUAUGGUCUUUCAUGAAAGCAAAGAGGUCGGCGUUAUCGUCAUGCUCACUCAGACCUUUGAAGCUGGGCGGGAGAAAUGCGCUCAAUAUUUUCCGUUGGACUCAGAGCAGGCUUCGAUGAUUCUAUCGGAAGAUGAGUCUGACUCCUUGAGCAACGAGAACGGUCAACAAGAAGGGGCCGCCCUUUGGGGAAAAGUCACACUGCUAGAAACGACAUUUGAUGUGAAGUCGCGUUCUGAGAUUCGGAAACUCGAGCUCAGCAUUGGCUCAGAGUCGAAGAUCGUAUGGCACUUCCUUUUUGCGGGCUGGGCGGACUACUCCAAACCCGAAGGAAGCGAUCGCCAGGCACUGCUGGAACUGAUAAAUCUGUCUGCGUCCAAAUGCAGCCCGGACAACCCACGUGUGGUGCACUGUAGUGCGGGUGUUGGCCGGACCGGAACUUUCAUUGCGCUCGACCAUCUCCUGUGCGAGCUUGAGUCGGGCCAGUUGUUGCAGGUUGCCGAUCCAGAAAUCGACCCCGUGUUCGACACCGUCAACUCAAUGCGUGAACAACGCAUGAUGAUGGUAUACAACGAAAUGCAGAUGCAGUUCAUUUAUGAGGUCCUUCGUGAACAGGCUGACACGAAGCUGGGCAAUUAUCCGGCGCCUAAUGACGAGUCAGUUGGAGCUCAGGGCGAAGAGCGGUCUUCAAAGAUGGCCAAGCUGACGGACGAAGCGGACUACCAGCCUGCGUCGAAGCCCGAAUUGGAGGCUGCGUCAGACCGAGUUCCAACUCCGACACAAAGCUGGUCUGGAACGCCCGAGGUCUCCGACAACGAGUAG